UAAGCGGUGGCGAUUGGAUGGCGGUGAUCAAAGCUCGGUGUUUAUAGGUCCUAGUGUCCUACGGAUAUAAACAAACACGAAACCUAACCAAAUCCCACUGACGGAAUAUUACUGCUUGAUGAGCCUAUUCGACAUUUAGAUAAUACCAAGAGGUUUUCAUUACCCACAUUUCUGGAUCAGUAUCGAGUUAUUGAACGAACUCGUUAUUAUUUGUAAACAACACUUCAUCCCCUGUGGCCGUUCCCACUUGGCCAAAGUAUGCAGCCGGCCAGGGAUCGAGAAAAAUCCUCCAGCAAUGUGAAACCCAAUUACUCGUUAAAAUUUACAUUGGCUGGUCACACCAAAGCUGUGUCGUCAGUAAAAUUCAGUCCAAAUGGCGAAUGGCUAGCGAGUUCAUCUGCUGACAAAUUAAUCAAAAUUUGGGGUGCUUAUGAUGGCAAGUUUGAAAAGUCUAUUGCUGGACAUAAAUUAGGAAUCAGCGAUGUCAGUUGGUCAUCAGAUAGUCGUCUUUUAGUAUCUGCCUCAGAUGACAAGACUUUAAAAGUUUGGGAAUUAAGUUCGUCAAAAUGUGUCAAGACGCUUAAAGGCCAUAGUAACUACGUUUUUUGUUGUAAUUUUAAUCCACAAUCAAAUUUAAUAGCUUCUGGAUCUUUUGAUGAAAGUGUACGAAUUUGGGAAGUAAAAAGUGGUAAGUGUCUGAAAACACUUCCUGCUCAUUCCGAUCCAGUUAGUGCUGUUCAUUUUAAUAGAGAUGGAUCUCUUGUGGUCUCUAGUAGUUAUGAUGGUUUAUGUCGUAUUUGGGAUACUGCUAGUGGUCAAUGUUUAAAAACACUGAUCGAUGAUGACAAUCCACCUGUUUCAUUCGUAAAAUUCUCACCUAAUGGAAAGUACAUCUUGGCAGCCACCCUUGAUAAUACACUAAAAUUGUGGGAUUACACAAAAGGCAAAUGUCUUAAAACUUAUGUUGGCCAUAAAAAUGAGAAAUACUGUAUAUUCGCAAAUUUUUCUGUGACGGGUGGAAAAUGGAUAGUUUCGGGAUCUGAAGACAAUAUGGUAUAUAUUUGGAAUUUACAAUCAAAAGAAAUUGUACAAAAAUUACAAGGCCAUACAGAUGUAGUUUUGUGUACUUCAUGUCAUCCAACAGCAAAUAUAAUUGCGUCAGCAGCAUUAGAAAACGACAAGACAAUAAAACUAUGGAAAAGUGAUACUUAAAGAUUAAUUUAAAAUUUGAUUAUUUUGUAUAAUAUGUAUAAAGGGAAUGGUUAUAUUCUCCUGCCUUGUGACUAUAGUCUUAUUUUCAUUGUAAUCAACUGUAAAA